AUGGACCGCGAUGAACCGAACAAGAGCACGACGGAAAAUACGUCGUACGUCAAGCUGUCCUCGCAGAGCGCAGUGCUGGGCGCCGAUUCGAUCGACGCAGCACACACCCUAAGAGCGCAGAGAUCGCAUGACAGCAGUGAGGACCAAUUAUUAUCCGCCCACCACCUUCCACCCCUCCCAUGGAAGAUCACUAUCGCGAUCGCCUUGCGCCGCUUCUGGCGCUGGUUUCUGACCCCUAUCGGGUUCUUGGUGACCAUCUACGGUCUGAAUGUCGUCGCCUGGGGAGGGAUGCUUUUCCUGCUGAUCUGCAAUGCCGCCCCGGCCAUGUGCCAUCCCAGCUGCAACGACAUCAACUCGCCGCGCCGCAUCUGGAUCGAGAUCGACUCGCAGAUCCUGAACGCGCUCUUCUGCGUCACUGGAUUUGGGCUGGCCCCGUGGCGCUUCCGCGACCUGUACUGGUGGGUGGUCUGGCGCUGCGGCAGGACCGACGAGGCACGCAGCGUAGGCAUCCGACGACUGGCGGGCAUCCAUCGCGGAUGGUAUCGCUUGCCGGGCAGCGACUCCCUAGCAGGCUCAGAUUCUCUCGACAGCAACAACCCCGCCGUUCCCAUCCCGCCGAGCAGAAUGCCCGACCCGCCGCUUACAGGCGUCUACGCGCCGCCGACGAAGCCGUGGAAGAUGAGCUUUCUCAUCUGGUGCAACAUCUGGAACACCAUCUUUCAGGCGUGUCUGGCCGGGUGCAUGUGGGGGUUGAACCGGUAUAACCGACCCAGCUGGACGACGGGCCUGUUCAUCGCGCUGGCCUUUAUCGUGGCGGGCAUGGCCGGCUGGACCGAGUUCAGCGAGGGCCGGCGCGUGAAGAAGAUCGAGGGAGCGCCCAUGUCGGAAGAGGAGAGGCGUGCGAGAGCCCAAAUGUCGGAGAAGCAGCGGCAGCUAGAAAUGCAUGAGCCAUGCUGA